GGACAAGGUAUUGGUGGUGGAGGUUCUGGGCAUGGAGGCGGAGGUGGUGGAGAAGGACAAGGUGGACAAGGAGGUGGAGGUGGUGCGGGUGGACAGAGUUCUGGUGGUAGUGGUAGUGAUGGUAGAAGAGGUAUUUGUGGGAGUGUUGUCGGAGAUGGGAUUGGAGGUUGUGGUAGUGGACCUGGCUUUGAUAGGUAAGAAGCUGAUGGAGAAUGACAACAUGUUGACCGAUAACCAGUUUGAGAAGGUGCUGGCUGUGCCGCUGGCUGCGGCGGUUGCAUUGGUAGUUGCAUUGGCAGUUGCAUUGGCAGUUGCAUUGGCAGUUGCAUUGGCGUUUGUGGAUACUGUGCGUACUGUUGACUGGGUGGUUGGUAGUGGUAGCGGUAACCAGCGAUGGUGA